UAAGCAAUUGUUUUAACCAUAAAAAAUGAGAUCCCAUCUACUCUCUCGUUUUUCAAAAACAAAACCGACUUAAAUAAAACUCCUCUCGAAAAUUCCCACGAUAGAAAACAAAAGCUAGUACUAGUAUUUAUGAUGCGGAAAAAAAGAGAAAACCCCCAAAAAAACCAGCCAUAUCAUCAUAUCAGAUCAAACUCUUGAUUGAUUGAUUGAUAUUUUUUUAUGAUCAAAACAAAGCACACCUGCUCACUCCCUCAUCCCAAAAAUAACCGCUAAACAAUCAAACCCUUCUCUUUUUUCAUCCUCUCCCUCUCACCCUCUCAGUCCGUCCCUUUAUACCGCUAACGCUCUCCUCACCUCAUCCGAUCCACUCUCUUCCAGUCAGAACUCAUCCCACGCGCUCUGAAUCUGGUUCACGCGCCACGCUCUCCACUAUGGUCGUUAACGGCAUGCCCAUGAAGAGGAUGAAGAGGAGAGUAACAGCCGAUCUGUACAACUUCCACACCUUCCCUUCCUCUGCUUCUGGAUCUAGCUUUUCCACGCCGUUUCGGACCAACGUCGGGUCGUUUCUAAUGAAACACGCGCACAUGCCGCCUCCGUCGUCGCUUUUUCCUCAUCUUAUGACAUGGCAGAUCCUCUUCAGAGUCGGUGACGCGACGGGCGACUCUGACUCCUCUUCCAUGAUCUGUCUAGACGUGGUGGAGGAGGAUGUCGCCAGAUCUAGAUCCAUCUACUGCGACCAGUGCCGAGUCGGUGGAUGGAGCGGCCAUCCAGUAUGUUCAAAGCGCUACCACUUUAUAAUUAAGGCUGAUGGUAAUUCCAUUUGUGGCUACCAUAAACCAUGUGUGCGCUGUGGGGAUGUCCUGCAUUUCUCUGAAUUAAGGUGCAAGUCAUGCAGCCAUGUGACAACUACAGACGAUGUUGAGGAUUGGGUGUAUCACCAAUUGGAAGACACCACACAUCUCUUACAUGGUGUAAUCCAUUCUAAUGGUUAUGGCCACCUUCUUAGGGUCAAUGGCAGGGAAGGGGGUUCGAGGGUUCUUUCAGGAUGUCAUAUCAUGGACUUCUGGGAUCGAUUAUGUAAAACACUAGCUGUCAGGAAGGUCAGCGUGAUGGAUGUGUCAAAAAAGUAUGGGUUGGAGUACCGGCUACUUCAUGCCAUUAUCAAAGGCCGUCCAUGGUAUGGGGAUUGGGGUUAUGAAUUUGGUGCUGGUAGUUUUGCCCUGACAUUAGAUGCCUAUAAAUCAGCUGUUGAAACUCUUUCUAGCCUUCCAUUAUCCAUCUUUCUUCCACAAGGAUCAAAACCCAGCACUCACUUGCAAGACAUAAUCUCAUUUUACCAGUCUUUAUCAAAGAGUGAGCUUGUAAAUAUAAAAGACCUUUUUUGUUUUCUGGUGAGUUUGAUCCAUGGUUCCCACAAGGCUUCCUCUAUGGUUGGGGGUGCUACAUGCAAGAAACAACGUACUUCUUCUUCUGGGAUUUUACCAUGGAGUAGAGCUGAUGUUGGACGUGUUGAAGAGGCUAUGUUUAGAGUGCUUCGGGCAGUGUCCGGCUCCAAUUGGGUAAGUUACCGUGCUCUUAGGGGAGCCGUCUGCAAGGUGGCUACUCCACCACUCCUUGAUCAUUGCCUCAUGGAACUUGGUGGGAAACUAGCAGCAGAAGGAAUGGUUGUUAAUGCAAGACACAAUCCUGUUGCAGGUGCUCUCGAGUAUAGACUUGAGCCUCAAAAUGAUUCUAUAACCUCCACUUCCAAUGAUACUUGCGCUGCUAACUGGCCCCCAUCUGAGGAAGUUCUUAAGCAGGACCUUAAAUUCUUGUAUGAAUCCAUGCUCCACCCUCAAACCAUGUUGAGCUACAGACCUGAUACGACCAGAAAUCUUGCCAUCAACUCAGUGGAGAAGCUCCUUGACUGCAAGCAAUUUGUGAAGGAUUACAUGCCUGAGAAGCUACCAAGCGGGAAUGGAGUUGUAGUUUGCCUCUCAUGCAAGUUGGAGCUUGUGGAUCAAUCUGGAGAAAUUGCACCCGAUCCACCUGCAGAACUGGUAGUGUUACCAGUAAAUGCUACUGUAUCAGAGCUCAAGAUGGAAGCAUCAAAGGCCUUCCAGGAAGUAUAUUUGGCAUUCAAAAGAUUCCAAGCGGAAGAGUUGCUUGGCUAUGAGGGUGUAGAUGAUACCACACAGGUCAAGUUUUUGUUGGGGUCAACAGAAUCAGUUAAGGUUGGAGGGAGAUGCCUUGGGAAAAAUGGGCUAAGUAAAUUUAGGUUGGAAAGAGGGAUUGAGAGGUGGACGGUGGAUUGCAUUUGUGGAGCAAAGGAUGAUGACGGGGAAAGGAUGUUGGCUUGUGACGUUUGUGGGGUGUGGCAGCACACAAGGUGUUCGGGGAUUAAUGACUCGGAUGCAGUGCCGGCGAAGUUUGUUUGCUACAGAUGCAGGGAGUGACUGCAGAUGACUCCCGACUGUUGGACAGUGUAAGAAUGAGACCGUCUCUUCUCUGGCUAGCAAUGCCAGCUUUCGAAAGAGCUUGACCACUCCUUAUGAUGUGCGUUGAGAUCUCCUUGUUUCUGGUGUUUUUUUCAAGGGAGGUUUCAUCGGGGCCUAAGUCAACGUGUACAUAAAAGAAACUGGCCUUUAAAGGCAUCAAGGCAGUUGUUUCUCUCUGUCAACCUGUUUUGCUUCCUUGUAUAUAUUUGCUAAGUUUAUCUAAUUUAAAGAACGAAAAAUGAAAAUGAAAAAAAAAAAAAAAAACCAUUUCCAUUUUGAGUUUUCUUCUCCAUGCCCUCUUCCUUUUAGAGGUGACGGUU